GCUGAAGUUUUAGAGUAAACAGUUCAGUCGUAAUGAUAACAGCAUGCAUGGAUAUUACCAUAUAAUCGAGACGGAUAAAUGAUGUGCAUUUUCAUAAUGGAUAAAAUAACUAUUGUCAAACAUUGAGAUUUAUAUAGAGUGCAAAAUGAGACAUCUAAAUGUCGAGUUAAUUUUGUUAUUGUUUCAGAUAGCAUGGUGUGCUAAUUAUGUUGCAGGGAAGGAAGAGCUUUUGGACAAGCGUUUGUUGUACUAUGAGCCACUAAAUUACGAUAUAGAUUACCUUCACCUUUUACAUACAAAAAGCGGCAAGCCGGGGAGUUUAAUCCGGAUUAAAUUGAAUGCAUUUAAAAGAAACUUUUCUCUUGAAUUAAAAAGAAGUGUACAGUCAACAUCAAACAUUAUUCUGCAUCACAAAAAGAAAAAACCACUACACCAGAUCUGUCAUUUUGUUUAUUACUGGAAAGGAUACAGGUUUGGUACAUGCUUUAGAUACAAUAUUUGA